AUGUUUUCAUUUAUCUUUAUUCUUUUUCUUCUAAAUAUUAUUACAAAUUAUUCAUUAAUAUCUAAUAAAAAAUUUAUUAUAUCUGAUGAAUAUCUUGGUAAUACUGGAAAACAUCUUUUUCAUUUCGUACAUAUAACAGAUAUUCAUAUAAGUCAUUUCGGUCAUGCUGAUCGAAUACAACAAUUCGAACAAUUUUGUAAUCAAAUUAUAAAAACAUUAGUAAAACCACAAGUUACUAUUGUAACAGGUGAUCUUGUAAACAGUGUGAGCAGUUCAGUAGAUCGAUUAUUUGGAACAGAACAAUAUGAAGAAGAAUGGACUAUUUAUAGAGAUGUUUUGAUUCGAACUAAUGUUACAGCAUAUACAAAAUGGCUUGAUAUAAAAGGAAAUCAUGAUGCAUUUAUGGAUCCUGAUCCAGAUUCAUCAAAAAGUUUCUAUCGUAUCUAUUCACAUCAAGGACAUAAUCAUAGUGGUUCAUAUGAAUAUACAUUAAGAACAAAAGAUGAUGAUAGUUAUUCAUUUGUUGCUGUUGAUAUGUGUCCAAGACCAGGUAUUGGUCGUCCAUUUAAUUUUCUUGGUCAUAUUAAUAAAAAAGAAAUGAAAAUUUUAAAAAAAUUAUAUGAAAAAACUAAAAAUUCUACAUCAACAAUAUUCUUCGGUCAUUAUCCAUUAUCAUUUACGUAUUCAAAUGGACUUGAUCAAAUAAUGAAAAAUGGUAUUGUUUAUUUAAAUGGUCAUCUUCAUUCUGGUAUUAAACAUUUAUAUGCUCGUCAUUCAAAUGGAUUACUUGAACUUGAAUUAGGAGAUUGGAAAGAUAAACGACGAUUUCGUAUAUUAACUAUUGAUUCGGGUUUAUUAUCUUUCGAAGAUUUUCGAUUUAAUCAACCUAUUUAUGCUAUUAUAUCAAAUCCAAAAGCAGCAAAAUUUCUAACACUAAGAGAACCAUUCUAUCGUAUAAGUCAAAGUACACAUAUUAGAAUUGUUAUUUUUUCAAACUUAUCUAUUCAAAAUGUAAUUAUUUCAAUUGAUGAACAAUAUAUUGGUUCAGCUAUUCAAUCAAAAGAUAAUCAAAAUUUAUUUAUUCUUCCAUGGAAUACAAAUUUAUAUAAUGAUGAAAAUCUUCAUAAAAUAUUUGUUGAGAUUAAAGAUAUUGAAAAUAAUACAGUAACUUUACAACAUGAAUUUUCUCUAUCAUUACCAACAAUAACAAAAUGGAAUCGAUCAAAACUAAUUCUUACUAUUCAUCAACCAACUUUUGGUUUUAUUAUUUUAAUUUCAUCUUUAUGUAUAUAUAUUUUCGUAUUAUUAUAUUAUCGAUAUCAAGCAAAACAAAAUUCCUUUUUUUUUCUUUAUGGUGAAGUAAUGAAAAAUAACAGCAAUGUUUUCUUUGUUUUAGCCAACUUUUUUGAUCGUUUUACCUUAUGGAAUCAACGAUUGAUGUGUCUUUGUUCAGUAGAUUUAAUGUUUUAUUCAUUAAUUGGUUUUUCUCUAUAUUAUUUUAUCGGUCCAUGGUAUUUCGGAUAUUUAACACCAGGUCAUUUUGGUGCAGUAUUUCUUUGGGGUACAUUAAUACAAGGAGUUUAUUUACCACCCGAUUCACAAAUAUUUGUAGGAACAUUUCAAUUAUAUUUCUUUUUAUUCCCAUUAACAUUUAGUUUAAGUUCAUCAUGUUUUUAUCGAUAUAAUCAACAAUAUGAAUUAAAUAGAUCGAUAAUUAAAUAUUAUUUUAAUAAUUAUUAUCGAAUCUAUACAAUUUAUAUUAUAUUUAUAUAUACAUUAGUUUUUAUAAUAUUUUUCUCUUUACUAAUGACUGCAUCAUAUAAAUUAUCUUGGAUUAUAUCACCAUUUGGUUUUAUAUUAAUUUUAUUUUCAUUAAUUCUUUAUAUAAAAUCUCAUCGAUUAAAAAUCGAAGAUUUUAAGUUAAGAAUAAUAACAACUAAAAUAAUGAAUUCAAAAUUAAUUCAACAAGUUGAUGAAGAACAAGAAAUGUUAGAUAUGAUUAAAUCUAAAUGA